CAACACGCUUGAACAACGAUUAAUUUUUUGUAAUAAAAAGUGAAUUUAUACCUCUAUUGUUUCUUAGGUGACUAUACAUGAUCACAAAUGAUAUUUAUUAAAAGUAAAGUGUAAGUAAAUCCUAUAUAUCAUACAAAAAAUGGUUAAACACAUAGAACAGGUAUAUGUGUCUGUAAAGAAAAGAGUAGAUACAUAGUUAAAAAAAAAAUUUCGAUAAAUCAUCAAAUGUUUCCGUCUUGACUGUGUAAAUACAGGACACACUAGACAUGUGAGGGUCUGUGUCGGUUGGACACACGUGCUGCAUCAAAACACAACCCAUACGUUCGAUUUCGCAGGACCUCAGCCAUAUAUUUGAGCGCUAUCAUCGCUGUGCGUUGUGACUAAUAAGUCCGCAGAUUGUUGGACAACAUAACAAUUUCAUUCUUGCAGCGCUUAUUACUUUUAUAAAGACAAAUAUGAGGCCUUUAACAGACGAGGAGACAAAAGCCGUCCUAGAAAAGAUAGACAAGUUCAUCGGAGCAUCAGUGAAACUACUCAUAGACCGGAAAGAUGGCACGUACUGCUUUCGUAUACAGAAGGACAGGGUGUUUUAUAUUUCAGAAAGUGUACUUAAAAUGGCUUGCAACGUACCCAGAGAGCAACUGCUGAUGAUGGGUGUAUGUUUUGGAAAGUUCACUAAAUCCGGCAAAUUUCGGCUACAAGUAACAGCGUUGGAUCAAAUUGCGCCGUAUGCGAAAGGAAAAGUAUGGCUUAAGCCAAGCGCUGAACAACAGUUCCUCUAUGGACAUAACGUGCUCAAGAGCGGCGUGUCGCAGAUUUCCGAAAACGUAGAGCGUUAUCAAGGAAUUGUGGUCUACAACAUGGCAGAUCUACCGAUUGGUUUCGGAGUCGCAGCUAAGGCUACAGCCGAGUGUAGGAAGGCCGAUCCCAUGACAAUUGUCGUUUUCCAUCAGGCAGAUGUGGGCGAGUAUCUUCGGUGCGAAGAUACCCUCCUAUAAAUUAAUAUUAUGUACAAAAUGAUGAAAUCAAAUUGAUUUAGAAUACUGGUUAUAGCGUGUUUGGAACCGUCACCUAUAAGUCAUAUAUUGGUAAACAUCAGUGGAAGCCAAUAAAUGUAUAUACUUAAUGGGGUGACUUGU